AUUAUUUUUAGCUUUGUCCUGAUAAUCAAAGCAAAAAUUAAACUUUCUACAAGAGACUUUGUUCAAUGAUGGUGUCUAUUUCCUUGUGGUUUCCGUCUGUCCUUCUAUAUUCUUUUCCUCUUUUAUUAUAUUAAUUUGAUCUCAUCAAAGUCUACCAUGUUUAUCCUGAACUUCCUUUUUGAUCUCCAAACCUACUAUUUCUAAUCCAUGUGCUUUCUAAAUCUCUUCCUGGCCAUGGAUUCGGAUGAUGAGAGACAUGCUAAACGAAGGAAAACCAAGCCUGAAGAUGAUCAACAACAGACAACUGGGAUGGAAAGCCUUCCACACGAAAUCAUCGUUGACAUACUUUCAAGGCUACCGAUCACAUCUUUGGUGCAGUUCAAGUUUGUAUGCCGAGGAUGGCGUGCCUUAGCUCAAGAUCCUCUUCUUGCUGAUAUGCAUCUUUCCUGGAAAACUGAGAGCAAUCCAUGCCUCAUCCUUCACUGUGAUAUUCCCAUCCGAAACCAGCUGUAUUUUGUUGAUUUAUCUGCUCACAACAAAGACAAAGAGAAGGUAAAAAGGUUAUAUGCACCUUUCCAGGCUGCCAUGCCUGAAUUUGAUGUAGUAGGAUCGUGCAAUGGUUUAUUAUGCUUUUCUGAUUCAUUAUACAACGAUGCACUUUAUAUUUACAAUCCUUUUACCCUGGAUUAUAAAGAGCUGCCAAAAUCUAGACAAUAUACAGAUCAGGAGGUAGUGUUCGGAUUUGGAUUCCAUCCAAAAACAAAGGAAUACAAGGUAGUUAAGAUAGUUUACUAUAGGAAUACUAGUACUAGUAGCUACAGUCGUGCCCGAAGAAUCGUUUAUCCGCAAUCAGAAGUUCAAAUUUUCACACUCGGAAGCUCUGCCUGGAGGAGUCUUGGAAAAGUAUCACACCAGUUUGUAAGGCGGCCUUCAGAGGCUCUGGUUAGUGGAAGACUUCAUUGGGUGAGUAGGCCACGGAGAUAUUAUCCAGCUCGCCGUCUUAUGUCAUUUGACUUAGCAGAUGAACAAUUCCGAGAAGUCCCAAAACCUGAUUGCGGUGGUCUAAACAGGUGUAAUUUUCAUCUGUCUGUUUUAAGAGGUUGUCUUGCUGCAGCUGUUUAUGGAAACUAUGGGAAAUUGGAGAUAUGGGUCAUGAAAGAUUAUAAUGUGAAGGAGUCUUGGAUCAAAGAAUUCAGCAUUGGUGCUUACAUGCCAAAAUGUUUGAAACAAAAUUUGGACCGAGACAGACCUUUGAAGAUAUGGAAGACUGCUUCAAAUGGAAAAGUUGUUCGAGUUCUUUGCUUACUAGAGAAUGGUGAAAUCUUGUUGGAGUAUAAGAACAGAGUUUUAGUCUCCUACGAUCCAAAGAAAGGGAAAUUUAGAGAUCUUGUAUUUCAGGGGAUACCUAAUUGGUUUCAAACAGUUGUUCAUGCAGGCAGUUUCAAUUGGAUCAACACCCCUCCUUGAUUUGUGAAAAUUGCAGCAAUGAAAAAAUGGAUGCUUCUUUCCUUGUGAGUUUGCUGCUCUCUAAGAUUAAAGUGAUGCUGUUCAUCAAUGUUUGUUUGUCCUUCCUGUCUUACCUUGAUACAUCUCAUUGUAAUUUCAUGAAUAUUAUUAUACACAAUCCAAAUUUGGAAAUUUAGAUGAUAAAUUUCUGCUUUUCAAACUGCAUUUCUUAUGAACUAUUCCCCUUCUGCAAUCAAAUGAUUUCCUCUUUCCUUGUAAAAGUUAGACACCAAUUCAUCUUUCUAGGCCAAUAAGGGGAUAAUAUAAACAAAGGAAAAACAGAUUUGAAAAUUGUAUUUCAAGACAAAGGGAAAAAAAAGAACUCAACCACCAUCAUUACAGACAAUUAAAAAUUCUGAUGCCUGGCGCAAGUAGUAUUAAAUGGUAUGAAUCUAUUUCAAACCUUCAAGAAAAACCAAAAUGAACUGUUAUAUGCAUGU